CCGUUCUUACACUGAGUCUGUGCUGGGGACCACGUUCUCUCUGCUCCAGAAGUGACUGUUCUGCAGUAAAUAUGGAUCAGCGAGAAGAAGCCAGAUGCCGAAAGAUCCUCACCCACCACAGAGAGCUGCUGGUGUCGAGCCUGAGGAGCAUCCAGUGCAUCCUGGACAACCUGCUGGCUUGUGGCUUCCUCUGUGAAGAAGAUGUUGAGAUCGUGCAACAAACUGUGACCAAAACAGAUCAGGUGCGCACAAUCUUGGAGCUAGUCCAGUGCAAAGGGGAGGAGGCCUGCGAAUACUUUCUUUUCAUCAUAUACAAAGUGUGUGAUGCAUACAUAGACCUGCAGCCAUGGCUGAAAGAGAUCAACUUCAACCCGAGCAGUGACAUAAUACUGAUGACAGUGGUGAACACAGAUCCCAUCAGCAGGUAUAGCGCAAAGUUGAGGCAUGAAAUGAGCCGGGACACCUGCUUCAUCAUGUCAUACGGCCAGCAAGAGGAGACCCGUCUGGAGGAACUCUACACCGACUCUUUGAUGGAACUGCUGAAUGAAUGCAAUGAAAGUCUGGGCUUCGUGGAGAGUCUGGACCAGCUCCUCGGAGACCACGCCGUCUUCAAUCCGCAAGGUGAAAUCAUCUAUGUGAUGGGGGACGCUGGAGUGGGAAAAUCCAUCCUCCUUCAGAAGCUCCAGAACCUCUGGUCCAAGAAAGAGCUGCAGACAGAUGCCAUCUUCUUCUUUAAGUUCCGCUGUAGGAUGUUCAGCAUUUUUAAAGAAACAGAACAGAUCUCCCUCAGAGAACUUUUGUUCAAAUACAACUGUCAUCCAGAUCUGGAUCCAGAUAAUGAGGUGUUUGAAUACAUCCUGCGCUUCCCUGAAAAAGUUCUUUUCACAUUUGAUGGCUACGAUGAGAUUCAGGAUAAUCUGGACCUGACGAAUGUCCCUGAAGUGGUGUCGCCAGAGGACAAGGCACAUCCCCUCCAGCUUCUGAUCAGCUUGCUCUCCGGGAAACUGCUUAAGAACUCCCAGAAGAUGCUGACUGCUCGGAAAGGGAUUGAGCUCCAGAGCAGGGUGAUCAGAAAAAAGGUGAUUCUACGGGGGUUCUCUCCAACUCAUCUGAAGUCCUACAUUAAUUUGAACUUUAAGGAGCAGGAACACAGAAAUAAGGUGUCAGUUCAGCUGGAUGCUAGCCCCCACCUCUGUGGCCUGUGCUCCACUCCGCUAUUCUGCUGGAUUCUAUUCAAGAGCUUUAGCUACCUGCACACAGUGCAUGAUCUUUUUCAUCUGCCUGACUCCUGCAUCACGCUCACCGACAUCUUUCUUCUGCUGUCUGAGGUGUUCUUCAGCCGCUUAACUUCAUCCGCUCCAUCUCUGCUGAAGAAAAGCAGCUGGUGUGCCUCAGAGACAUUCAAAGCAGGGCUUACAUCCCUUGCUGCAUUUGCCAAGCUGGCACUUCAGGGUAUGGAGAGAGGAAGCUUCAUUUGUAACCAAGAGGAGAUUGCUGCGUGCGGUCUCAGAGAGGAGGACCUGCCCCUGGGCUUCCUCCGACCUGUCAGUGACUGUGAAGCCAACGGAAGCCCUGCUAACUUUGAAUUCCUCCACAUCACCCUCCAGUCUUUUUUGGCGGCAUUUGCGCUUGUGUUGGACGAGCAGGCUGCUGCAGACUCCAUUCUCAAGUUCUUCACAGAGUGCAGCAGGAAGAGGGAACCAUCCUGUCUGCUGUUCAAAUUAUGUAUCACUGGCUCCUCGAAACAGAGCCAAGAGAAACCAUUUGAAACCAAUGAUCACCUUCAGUUCACAAAUCUCUUCUUGUGUGGACUGCUCUCUAAGGCUCACACUGGCCUGAUGGAGCAUCUGGUAUCUCCUAGGCUACUCAAGAAAAAAAGGGCCGUGCUUAAAUCUUACCUUUCCACUGGCGUUAAGUUCCACCUCCGGGGUUUACCCCACUACAAAGUCGAUGAAGGCAAGAAAAUCCACGUUAUGCCCAACUUUCUGUGGAUGCUGAGGUGCAUCUUUGAGACGGGGAACAAACACAUCGCUCAGAUGACAGCGAAAGGCAUCACAGCGAGUUUGAUCAAGCUGGGUUACUGCAACAUCUACUCGGGUGACUGCGCCGCCCUCAACUUCGUCCUGCAACACCGUCAGAGGCUCCUGGGCGUUGACAUGGAUAACAACAACAUCAGUGACUAUGGGGUGAAGCAGCUGAGGCCUUCGUUUUGUAAGAUGACAGUUGUGAGAUUAUGCGUCAAUCAACUGUCAGACAGCAGCAUUGAGGUUCUUGCAGAGGAGCUGUGCAAGCACAAGGUUGUGGAGGUCUUGGGACUUUACAAUAAUCACAUCACAGAUGUUGGAGCCAAGCUGGUUGCUCAGAUAAUUGAGGAAUGUCCAAAGUUGCGUGUUGUUAAGAUCGGUAAAAACAAGAUCACUAGUGUUGGUGGGAGAUAUCUGGCCAGUGCAAUUCAGAAGAGCUCCUCAAUAUUUGAUGUUGGGAUGUGGGGGAAUAGCAUCGGAGAUGAAGGGGCAGAGGCAUUCGCAGAAGCUUUGAGGAACCACCCAAAGCUUACCAACCUCAGUCUCUCAGCUAAUGGCAUCACAUCAAAAGGUGGAAAGCUUCUGUCGGAGGCUCUAAAAGAGAACAGCACCCUCAGGAUAUUCUGGUUGGUGCAGAACGAGUUGACUGACGAUGCAGCUCCACACUUUGCCGAGUUGGUUAAAGUGAACACAGGUUUAACACACCUCUGGUUAAUCAACAACCAGUUCAGUGUGCAUGGGAUCAAACACCUUGCUGAGGCCCUCACUCACAACUCGGCGCUCAAAGAGAUAUGUGUUAAAGGAAACCAGCUCUCUGAAGAGGAAGAGAAAGAGUUUAUGGCAGAGAAGAGGCUGCUCUUCCACUGAGCAGCCAAUCAUGUGACACGUGCACAUGUUGAGUAAUCUAUGUAUGGGAGUGAAGAUGUUGCGUUUCCGCUGUGUGCAUGCACAGUAUUAGUAUUAGUAAACUGAUCAGGUAUGGUGUUAUACUUAAUGCUUUCACCUGGCUAUGGGCACAAUGUUACAUUAUUUACUUAAAGGUACAGUGUGUAGAAUUUAGUGACAUGUUGUAGCUGAACACCCCUCACCUCACCCUUGUCUUCCAAACGUGAAAAAGAAACUGUGGAAGCUUCAUUUGUCAUAAAAACUCAAAAGGUGUUUAGUUUGUCCAGUCUGGAGUCACUAAUGUAAAAAACAUGGCGGCCUCCGUAGAGAGGGUCCUCUCGAUGUAAAUAUAAAGUAUUUCAAUAUAAAGGGCCUGUAAUAGGGUCAGGAAAAUUACAAUUCAUACAAUUUUGAUGUAAAACAUGAGGGUUAUUUUAUAUUCAAUUUGCGCCAAUAGAUCCCUUUCACCUAAAUAUUAAAUGGAAAUUUCAUACCAUUGUUGUUGAUGAAUCCUAAAGGAAACUUUGCAGAUCAAAUAGAGGAUGUUGAAAAAAGGGAAGUGGCAUUUCUGGUUAAGAGGAAGAAACCAAACGGAUUACUUCUUUCUUCAUGAGCUGAUUUAAGAAUAUGUGUGAAUAUUUGCUAUAAACAGAAACGAUCAUUAUUUAUCUGACUGUUACACAAUGUGAU